GUGUCAACGAAACGCGGUGUGCAGGUACGCGCUGUUCCGCCCAUGGCGGGCAUGCAGGUACGCGCUGUUCCGCCUGUGGCUGAGGGCGGCAGAAGACCUCCGACGACGGAGCCUUCGAGGCGGUACGACCCCUCCAUGUACAACCAUCUGCCGUCGUGGGAGACGCCGCUGCCUCCCUCGGAUGAGGAGCCGGAGGGGGAUGAACUUCCAACGUUUCCUCUCGCCAGCGAGUCGACACAACUGUUGUCGCAGAUGGUGCUCGCAGGCGGGUCGGCAAGCAACGGACGCGGCGAGUACACGACACUCCUGCAGCAGGGAUUGGGAGACGACGACGACGGGGGAGUUGAUCUCCGGUUCGGGUUAUCUUCUGGCGGCGGUAGGGAGGCGAGCCGCACGUUCAUCAUCGACGCCGAUCCUUCACCGCGUGGCGUUCAACAAUCUGGAAGUCGGCAUACAAAGCAGUCCACACUUCGUGGCGGUACGUCCGUUUGUGUCGGUGUGAGGCCAUCGUCAGCAGGCCAGCAGCAUGGAUCGAGUGCACCGUCCGCCGAUCGAUUGACAAGCACCUGCCCCGAACGCAACGGAGUCGCAGUAGGGUCCCUGCGCAUCGGCGGUACACUUCAUUCGAUGCCCAAAAGCACAACGCUGACCCAACCCGACCUCAGGGACGACGGCACGUGCAGACCAGCGGUGCGUCAAACACCCAGUGUGGAGAACAUCACACGAGGAGUGUCGAACAUGCGGGCACACAGCGAUGGUGGCGACGACGAUGGUGGUGGUGACGAUGCAGACGGGCGAUUCGGGGAAGACGUGGAGGCAGGGGACGACGACGACGACAUUCCUAUUCGGUCUUUGGGGAAGACGGGCGGGAGGGGGAGAGGACGCAGCAGGGGUGCUGUUCGUGGUCGAUCCGUUGGCCGUGGGGGCAGAGGUGGCGUCAGCGAUGACGGCGGGAAGUCUGCGACGUACUGGUCCCCGGAAGAGCAAAUCCAAUUGGUGAGAUGCAAGCGGGAGCAAGAGAUGCACCUCGCCGGUCUCGGUCAUUACGGGCGAAUGCGGACCAAGGAGUGGAAGUGGGAAGAUAUUGCCAAGCGCAUGGCGAAUGCGGGGAGGCCGAAAGACGCGGACGACUGUAUGAAGAAGUGGGACAAUAUCUUCCAAAACUACAAGAACAUACAAAGGUUUCAGAAUGCGAGUGGCCGACCAGAUUUCUUCCGGCUAUCGAAUGAAGAAAGGAAGGAGCACAACUUCAAGUUCCGGAUGGAGAGGGCGCUAUACAACGAGAUCCACAUAGGCAUGGUUGGCAACCACACAAUUUUCCCUCCCAACAUCGCCGACACUGGAAGUCCGGACGGGGUGCAUCUGCUUAGGCGAGGAGCAGGUGCUGGGGAGUCUGUUGGUAGUGAGGGCGCUGGUGAAGGCCUCCCUGAAGAACGUUCUACGACCAGGGACUCCGACAGCAACGCUGCCAGUGGGGCUGGAGGCGGUAAGCGGAAGAAUGCUCGUCAACAGGCGUUGGAGUCGAUUGCUGAUGUCAUGGACCGCCAUGGCGAACUGAUGUCAUCGACGAUCGAAUCAUCUAGCAAGCGGCAAAUUCACGAGGCACGCGACGUGGUCGUCGACGAUAGUCAAGAGCAGGGAAGAGGGCGGCGGCAGGCCCCGAAAGCGAAGAGGGUGCGUACGGAAGAUGCGUUGCCAAGGGUUCGUGGUCGUGGAGCGCAAGGUUGGGCGGGGGAAGUGGAAGGGGACUGUGACGAUGAGUUCACGGCGGAGGAGGAGCAGGCGGAGGCGACAACGUCUGAAGUACGCGAGAGUGAUCGGCAGCGCUCUUCUGAUCGCACCGCUUCGAAGAGGAUGCAGACCCCUCCACACGAGGCGCAGCAACUGCGUGGCCGUGGAACGUGGACAGAGAAGGCUCCCGUCGUCGAUCUUGGCGGCGAUGAUGACGAGCCCUUGGAGAGACGCCGCAUUCGCAUUCGUACGACGGCGACCCCACCGCCGGAGGUGGUCGUGCGGGUUGCUACAAACGAUAGGCCAGUCUCGGGCAGGCUGCCCGCCACGCCGUCUCAGCCACGUCAGCGCAACGACGCUGGUGAUGGAGGGUCCGUCCAACGUGUUGGCGGGGGGAAAGUCGUGGCAGACGCUCGCGCAGUUGGCGCCCAGGUGGCAGGUGUCGUGGGGGCGGUUGGUUCAGGCAACGUGGGCGCCGUAGCGACUGGGAGGGAGGACGCAGCAGUUGUGGCGACGACGAGAGAGGAGGCGCGUGGCGAGAGGAAAGUCGAGCGGGAGGCAGGCGAGGCCGGUUUAACGCCUGAUGUCCCUCGGAGCGUCGUUCAGCCCAAAGCCAGCACGGGCGUGGCCAGGAUCGUCGACCAAUCGCAGCUGCAGCAAGCGAUCUCCCGUGCGGCGGCAGUGGAGAACGUUGCUCUGCGCAUCUUGCACGGAUGGGUAUUAAAGUCCGAAAAUCGGCCAAGGGGAUACCAUGUGGCUUUCCAGUACUCGCUGGAAUCCUUUGCGACGGACAUUGCGCGUGCCAUGUGGUACGACGAGGAGUGGUGCGAGGUUGUCAGUCCGGCGAUUUGCGCGCACACGAUAGAUCUGUCCAUGGACCUACCGCUUUGGUUCGCCGGCGUCAACAUCGAGGACAGACCAGAGGACGACGACAUGGCGGCGCACCAGGAGUCCACCAUCAUCCGCGUCACGUAUGCAUUCCGCGCGGCCGUGCAAAUGGGGGCGCUCAUCGACAGCGAGUUCAUCUUGCACGAUCGUCUUUCUCGGGUGGCUGAUUGCUUCAGGCUGUUGUUGGAGGCGUGCAUGUGGAUAAUGCGCAUGGCGGGAGACAAUCCGCGCAGCCACUACGAGGCUUUCUACUUCGCAGACCUCGUGGCGAAGCCCACACUCGUCGCGGCCAUGCAUCGCUCCUUCGAUCAUCGACGAUCCGUCGUCCGCGGCGCGAAAGUCGUCACUGACAGGCUAGGGAAGGCGACCGCUACGUUCGGACAGUACCCCAACUACAUACCUCAAUGGGCACCCUGCGGCAUUGCUUUCAGGCACGACGCGACCAUAACGGGGCCGGAGGAUGCAAAGAAGCUAGAUUGGUUGGGUUCGGGCCCCCCUGAUGAUGACAACAACGACGAUGGGAAAGAUGACGCGUAAGGGGGGGGCGGGGGGGAGGUUGGGGCUGAUGGUUGGCUGGGGAGGAAGACGGAUGGGAUGGGAGUGGAGGUUUGGCUGCUUUUGUGGA